CUCUUCGUUCCUGGCUUUGCUCUGCAUUGCGCAUUCACGAGACAGGCGCAUCGUGCUGGUGGUAGCCGUAGUCGUCGCGUUCUCCUCGUCGUCGUCCUCGUCGAUAUUGCCGUUGGAACGAUUCGGUUGAUUUUUACAAAGCCGCCAUACUGAUCAAACGAUUAAUUUUCUAUCCUUUUUUUUCUUUCUCUCUCUCUCUCUCUUUUUCUCUCUUUCUCACUUUCUAUCUCUCUUUUUCUCUCUCUCGAUACGAUACGAUACGAUCGAGAGAAGAGAUCGUACUACAUCGUGCAAAAGAAGUUGAGGGGGUCAUCAGCUACGGUAUUUCUCGAACGGCAAUAUCGAUAAACUAGAAGUAACCAUCGUCAAAGGAUAAUGUGGGGUAGAGCUAGCAUGGCAGCUGUGAUUCUUUUCCUUGCCUGGUUGUGCAUCUUCGUUCCUUGUCACGGAAGUAAUACGGAACUUAUUCCAUCGGAUACGGAAACAUCUACGGAUGCGGAAUCAGAGAUAAUUUUAGAACGCGCUACUUCUUGGCUAUGGAGUCAGCGAGACAAGGAUGCUGGAUGGGGUAACGAUACUCACAGAGUGAUUUUGGUCCUUCGUUUGGGUAAUCUAUCACGUAAUGAUAACGUGGCACCACCUGCACCGUUAGAGUUACAACUCAGUUCAAAGGAGAUGGAAUUGGAGAUAGUUCUCUUACUUUGGAGACAUAGAGAAGUUGGAUUUUCUCCGGUUCGUCUGGCUCGUUAUACUUUGGCCUUGAACGCUAUGUGCAUGGAUCCAAGACAAUUCCAUGGACACGAUUUGAUCGGAACUUUGCAACAUCACGAGCCACCAACCGAUUACGAAUUCGCACUUACUACUUUAGCUGCGUGCAGUGCUCAAGCUCACGUACGUAAACGACAAAUACGUCGUUUAUUGGACAUUGCCAAUGCUGCACAAGAUCAUAACGUUGAUACCGUGGCAAUGGUGAUAUUGGCACUGAGGUGUAUCGUUCAAGAUCAUAGACACAGAAAUUUGCAUCAUUUCGUUCGAAAACCUUCGAUUGGUUUGGCUCAACAGCAAAGAUUAGACGGUAGCUUCGGUGAUCUUCACACGACAGCAUUGGUCAUGCAAGCUUUAGAAGAAGUCGAAAACGAACCUGGAGACAAUUGGAACAGAUCAGCGGCCUUAACAUGGUUGAUGAAUCAACAACGUCCGGAUGGUUCAUUCGGUGGGGAUAUUCGUGCUACGGCCGAGGCUCUACUUGGCGUUUCACCACGUGGUCUUGCUAGUAUUCGUGCUCUCGAUUGUGGACAAGGUCUGACGGAUAGUUCACCACCUAGACUUACUACGAGCAACAUUGCAGAUGUAGCGACCUUGGAGAAUCAUAGUGAGACGUUAGCAGCAACUACAACCGGAAGUAACAACACAAGUAAUACGGAUACCAUCAUCACCGGUACUUCGAUACCGAUCAUGGUGAACGUUUCAUAUACACUUUGGGUCGGAAGUAACGUCAACGAAACGUACAAUUUAACGGUUUCCGCGCCGAAAAAUGAAACCUUCUAUGGCGUAAUGCUUUUAGCAGCGGAGAUGUCACCACACUUUCAAUUCGCCGCAUCGGAAUGGCCAAAUGGACAUUAUGUCCACACAUUGGCUGGUUAUAAAGAAGAACCAAUGUCUUAUCAUUAUUGGCUACUCUAUCGAUUGCCAACACCACCGGAUCCUUCCUCACCACCUGGAAAUCAAUUGGUUGCUCCUGGAGGUGUCGAUGAUCUACAAGUCAGCGAGGGAGAACAUUAUCUCUUUUGGUAUAAGAAGCUAUGAACUGUGCGCGAGAGACUGAGAAUCAAGUAAGAAGGAACACGAGGAAAGAUAGGAGAGAUCAAAGGAGAAAUCAACAAAAAUAGAGAAUGUAUGCGCGUGGAAGAUAUAUAGUAUGAAUGUUCGUGCAUCUGUUUGUCUGUAUGUAUGUAUUUGAGAGAGAGAGAGAGAGAGAGAGAGAGAAAGAAAGAGAGAGAAAGAGAGAGUGAGAAAGAGAGUAUCUGAUAUUUCGAAUUACUAGAGCGAGAGCCGAUAGUAUUCACUGCCAUUGCUAAACCGUAAAGCGUAUUCACCUAAGCACGUAUUCGUGCGCAGCCGCUCGUAGUUUCAAGGAGAAUCCGAAGAAGACGGUAAGAAAGGAUUGGCAGUGAUUUCUGAAACUCCGUUCUAGUGACUGGGGAUGAUCGGGUCCGAUAGAAUCCAAUGAUUAAACGUUCCAGCAUCACAUCGGAUCGUAUACAUAUAUCAAGGAGAAACUACGCGACUCGUUAUUUAAGCUACGAAGAAUACCGUUUUCUAUGAAACUGCAAUGCACAACCAUAUUGUAUUAUGAUAUAUCGUAUUAAUUAAUAUUUAAUAAAUCCGAUACCCAUACGUGUAAAAAAAAAG